AUGUCCCGUUCGCUGCUCUCUUCUUCUUCUUCUUCUUCUUCGCGUCGUUGUUGUUCUUCUUCUUCUUCUCGAAUUUUCUCCUCAAAACGUCGUCAUCAGCAGCAGCGGCAUCAACGUCAUUUGGGGAAACGAAGACAAAGAAGGGUACCGCGCGCGAGGGAGAGCACUGACGAUGACGAUAAUAACGACGACGAGAAAGAAAAAGAGCACGAACGCAAUAAUAAAAACAACGAGGACGAUGAUGAUGUGUAUUCCGUGUGCGUGUUAGGCGCGGGACCGGCGGGAUUAACCACCGCGCUCGCGAUGCAAAAAAUGUUAUCGUCGCCUUUAGAUACGACAAAGAAACCGACGCUUUCGAGGCUGAAAAUAACCGUGUUGGAUAAGAACCCGAACGCUUUGGACGGGAACGUAGGCGGCGGGUUUAACAUCAACGGCGGCGCGGCCGUUCUGGAAAAGUUAGGGGUGUACGAGGAGGUGUUUUCGAAAAACGCGAACGCGUUAAGAGCGGUCUUGUCGAGACGGUGCGAUAUCGCUCGAACGCGCUUGUUCGAGGUGGACGUCGAGAAGGAAGUGAGAGGCGAUUUUUUAACGAACGCGAAAGAGUUGUUGGUGAACGAAAAGAGUGGAGAAGUUAUGGCCGGGACGGUCAUGAGAGCGGAUUUGAGUCAGAGUUUGCGGGAGAGUUUGAACGAGGAGACGUGCGAGGUUGUGCUCGGGUGCGAGGUUCUCGGCGUCGACGCCGAGUCGGGUGAAGUCGAGUUGAGGAGGAGAGACGGGACGACGACCGAGACGAGAAAGUUUGAUUUGAUCGUAGGCGCGGACGGCAUUGACUCGUUGGCGAGGAAGUGCGUGGUGGAAAGUAAUGCAAGUAGCGGUGAUGGUAGUAGCAGCGGCAGCGGCAACAGCAGUAGGAGCGGCGGUAGUAGUACUAGUGGUAGGAAAGAACCGAUAUACUCUGGGAUUAAAAUUUUAUUCGGCGUGACUGGGGUGGACGAUAAACCGGAAGAUUUAAUCCGAGAAUUGAGCGAUCGAACCACCGCGCACCAAUGGUUCGGCGACGGCGCGUAUUCGUUAGUGUUCACCGGUGGCGGGGAGAACAAGAAAAGGCAUAACUUAGCCUUUUGCUCGAACGAACCGUUAGGGAGCGCCAACAGUAACCCGUCCUGGCGUGCCAACUCGUCGGUGACGAAAGAGUACGCGCACAACAAGAUGAUGAAAGCGAACAUGCCCGCGGACGUCUUACGUCUUUGCUUGCGAUGCGAACGGUUUUUCGAAAUCGGCGUCUUCUUCCACGAACCUCUGGACAGUUGGAGCUCUUCGAACGGAAAAAUCGUGUUGGUUGGCGACGCCGCGCACGCCAUGCCACCGUUCUUAGGUCAAGGCGCCAACCAAGCGAUGCAAGACGCGUACGUUUUAGCGAAGUGUUUGGCGACGUGCGGGGCAGAUAUAAAAAAUCCGAGCAAAGUGAACGAGGCGUUGCAAUCGUAUUCGAACACGCGAAGACCUCCGACUGAAGCUAUCAUGAACGCCUCGAGAUUCGUCGGCGCCUUGGAAACUGGAAAAGGACCGGUGAGUCUCUUUCGCGACUUGGCAUUUUUCGUCGCCGGUAAGUUUGGUAUCACGGGGAAGAUAUUCCUUAGCGGCGCCACGCCGAGAUUGUGA